AUGUCUUCUCUGGUUUCCGACUUCAUCAUCAAUCCCGUCCUACGCCAAGCCCGACGACUUUCUGAAAUAUCCCGAAUAACUUUGACUGGCGAUGGCCAAGAACGUGCCUCCACUGCUGGCGCAAAUGCACCAAGCGACUCCGGUAUCGCCGAAGAUGCGAUACAUGAACCCGCGGCACCGGCACUAGAGACUUCGGAUGUGUACGGUUUGGACCCGAGGCUAGAGACAACUCGCCUAACCCGGUCAUUGAGGUCGGAAACGCGAGCAGAAAUUGGCCUCCAAGACACCUCAGAAUCGCCUUCUACGACGGUUGACGCAACAGACCAUGAUCGCUUGGCCUUUCCUCUCUCUCCUACGAAUCGCCGCGCGAUACCGGAGGAUGACGGCAUGCGAGAAUUGAGAAGUCGAAUUCAGGCUAUUAUCGCUCAGAAUGUUUCAUCGGAAGAGAAGGCCAGGCAUAUGCAUGAGCUGCUACAAGAAGGCUAUCGCGCCUCGCAAGUCGCUGGUCAGACCCCAAUCUCAACCCCGAUUGCAGAGGAAGAGCUUUCGAGCCUUGCAUGCGAAACCCCGGCAUCACCAGGUCCUCUGGAAUCUCUCAAGUCGUGGUAUGGCCAAAAUAGUGAACAAGCGGCGGCUGCUGGGGAGAAGUUUGUUCUCUCAGAGAGCGACCUGGCCCCGACCUUUGCGCCUAUACGACAGCGUAAAGAUUCGGGUGAUGAUUUGGUCAACCAGAUUCCAUCUGGGCCCCUGGACCCGCCAGCGCCCCUGGGUUGUCAGCACUAUGAACGGAACGUCAAGUUGCAGUGUUUCACGUGCAAGAAGUGGUACACUUGUCGGUUCUGCCACGAUGCGCAAGAGGAUCAUGCUCUCAUUCGAAGAGAAACGAGUAAUAUGCUCUGCAUGUUGUGUGGGACUCCACAGAGAGCCUCUGACAUGUGUAUAGGCUGCGGUGAAGCUGCAGCUCAUUACUACUGCAAUAUUUGCAAGCUUUGGGAAAACCGGAAGAGCAAGCCCAUCUACCACUGCAACGAUUGUGGCAUCUGCCGACGAGGUUUGGGUCUCGGCAAAGAUUUCUUUCACUGCAAGACAUGCCGCGCUUGCAUUACCACGUCGAUCCAGAGCUCCCACAAAUGCAUCGAACGCUCAACCGACUGUGACUGCCCGAUUUGCGGAGACUACAUGUUUACUUCACCGAAACCUGUCGUCUUUAUGACGUGUGGGCACAGUAUACAUAAGAAGUGCUAUGACCAACACAUGAGGGUAUCCUACAAAUGCCCCAUCUGCAAUAAAAGCCUUGCGAAUAUGGAGACUCAUUUCCGCAACCUGGACGUUGCCAUUCUGAGCCAACCGAUGCCGCCAGAGUUUCGAGACACUCGGGCAACCGUGCUCUGCAACGACUGUUCAGGAAAAUGCGUGGUCCCGUACCACUGGCUUGGGCUGAAAUGCUCCAUUUGUCAAUCGUACAACACUGUCGAACUGCAAAUACAUGGACAGGGAGGCCAAGGGGCCCAAACUGCAACGGAACGGGUAGAGGCAGGGGCAAAUUCGCAGACACAGGCAAACUUUGAAACCCAGCGCACCGCCGUGACACCAGAUGCAGCUGCAUUGAGUGCUGGGUCCUCCCGUGCUGUCACGUCAAUCUCCAGCAGACGCCGGCACUCAUCACAUGGUAUCGAGCUUCUUCACCGUGCACCAGACCGUUUUGCGAGAUCUCUUUCACCGCUGGGAAGUGGCGUAGAAAGUGCGCUUCCUCAUGCUGUAGCUGAAGCUGACUCUGACGACGACAUUUUGGGGUUCUGGAGAGGGAACAGAAGUCAAGAGGAUGGCGACGAUGAGGAAGCAGGUGACGAUGGGUCCGAAUCGAGUGAAGAUAGCGACGGUCUUCUUGACUUUGACGAUGACGAUGACGAUGACGAUGACGACGACGAUAUUCUUCUUAUCGGGCACAGGUGA